UUUGGGCUUUUGCCCCUUUGCAAUACUAAAAAAAACUAAAAAAGAAAGGCAAACGCGGUGGAAAACAGGCCCAUAUGGGUUUAAGUUUCAGAUGCCUAUGGCGCAGUGAGUGGUUUUGACUUUUCUUUUCCGCCAAGAUCCACCGUCCAUGGUGGUCGGAGCUGCCUUAACGAAUCCCCCAUUCCAGUUUCCGACCAAUUCCAAUUCACCAUCACAGACAUAGAUGAUGAAGUUCAGAUUACAGUUACACACUUCACAUUCACUUGGUCUUUCUCUGCAAUGCCAAUGUCAAUGCCAUCUCUCUCAUUCCGAAUCCUCAAGCGUUUCAAAUCCACCAAACUGUGCAUCGUUAAGUUCGUCCUCUCUUCCCAUGACAGCCUCUCCGAAACCGUUUCUUCUCUGGACCUGUUGCACCCCAAGGGCAUUCGCUUACCCUCACGUGUUCUCGCUUCUCUCUUGCGCCAGUGCUCGAACACAAGGUCUUACAAAGAGGGCAAGUUGGUUCACCUCCAUUUGAAGCUCACCGGUUUCAAACGACCCACCACUUUUCUAGCCAACCAUUUGAUUUGUAUGUACUUCAGGUGCGGCGAUUACGUUCAGGCACGCAAGGUGUUCGACAAAAUGGAGGUUAGAAAUUUGUACUCUUGGAACAAUAUGCUUUCUGGGUAUGUUAAAUUGGGGAUGAUGAAGCAAGCUAGGAGAUUGUUCUCUCAAAUGCCUGACAAGGAUUACGUAUCGUGGAAUACGAUGGUUGUUGGCUAUGCACACAGUGGGAGGUUUGGUCAGGCUUUGUGGUUUUAUGGACAGUUGAGGAGAUUGUCUAUAGGAUAUAAUGAGUUUAGCUUUUCCAGUGUCUUGAUUGUUUGUGUAAAAUUAAGAGAUUUUGAACUUUGUAGGCAGAUACAUGCGCAGGUUUUAGUUGUAGGAUUUUCAUCCAAUGUGGUUAUAUCCACCUCAAUUGUUGAUGCUUAUGCAAAGUGUGGAAAGAUGGAAGAUGCAAGGAGAUUUUUUGAUGACAUGUCCUUGAAGGAUAUUCCUGCGUGGACGGCAUUAGUUUCGGGUUAUGCCAUAUGGGGGAACAUGGAAUUAGCUGCUGAAGUCUUUAGUCAGAUGCCUCAAAAAAAUUCCUAUUCAUGGACAUCUUUGAUUUGUGGUUAUGCUAGAAAUGGUCUGGGUCAUGAAGCACUUGGAGUGUUUAGAAAGAUGAUCAAGUAUCAAGUUAGACCUGAUCAAUUUACAUUCAGUAGUUGUCUCUCUGCUUGUGCCACUAUUGCUUCAUUGAAGCAUGGUAAACAAAUACAUUCUUUUUUGGUGCGAAAUAAUAUCAGACCUAACACUAUUGUUGUUAGUGCUAUUGUUGACAUGUAUUCAAAAUGUGGAAGCAUGGAAAUGGCAUGGCGAGUCUUUAAUUUCAGUGGAAAUAAGCAAGAUGUAGUGUUGUGGAACACCAUGGUAUCGGCACUGGCUCAAUAUGGCAAUGGUAUAGAAGCAACUAUGAUGCUAAAUGAUAUGAUAAAAUCAGGAGUGAAACCAAAUAGGGCCACUUUUGUUGUCAUUCUAAAUGCUUGUAGUCAUUCAGGGCUUGUGCAGGAAGGACUUCAGUUUUUCAAUUCCAUGACUAGCAAACAUGGUGUUGUCCCAGACCAAGAACACUAUGCAUGCUUAUUUGAUCUUUUGGGUCAAGUUGCAUGUUGUAUUGAAUCAGUGAAGGAUCUGCAGCUGACGACUUGUAAACCAGGUGACCAUGUUUGGAAUUCUUCGCUUGGUGUAUGUAGAAAGCAUGGAAAUAUAGAACUUGGAAGAGAAGUAGCUGCUUUCCUUAUUAAAUUACAGCCUCAAUCCUCUGCUGCCUAUGUAUUACUUUCAAGUAUAUAUGCCGCACUUGGGAAAUGGGGAUUGGUUGAGAAAGUAAGACAUAUUAUGGAUGAAAGGCGUGGGAGUCAAGAUCGAGCCAUUAGUUGGAUUGAAAUUGAAAAUAAGGUUCAUGCUUUCACUGUAUCAGAUGGGUCACACCUUCCGAAGAAAACAAUGUACUCAGCUCUGGGGCACUUAAGUAACCAGAUGGAGGACAAUGUCCCAUUACCCAACUCUGAAAUGUGAAAGUUAGAGAAAUAUUUUUCCAGUAGAUCAUUUUUUGUAGAGAGCAGGAAUAUAUUUCAUUUUCGGAGUUAUUUUUAUCUUUCUUUUUUGCUUUCUUUUUAUUGAUAUAGAUUCUGCAGAGUUGAACUUCCACGCUGGUAUAUUUAUAAGAUGUUACCUCCAGAAAAACUGAGGAGGAAUUAGAAGUGGGAUUCGGGGAAGAACAGACAAUUGAUUUUCCUGAAAGAUUUCUUGCUUCCUUUUUUUUUAUACCCAUUAUUUUGUUUGUAUAUUUCACCAACGGAAUAAAAUAAGAAAAAUUUUCCCGUAUCAAUGAUCUCUCUUCAUAUUUUUUGGAAGCACUUCUCUUUCCUUACUAUGACUUGGAAUGUUGGCCGUAGGGUCUUGACGAUGGAAAAUGGAAAUGCUAUUUGCGAAUUACAAAAACCGAGUUCCUAAUGGACAUGAUCACGGAUACAGUGAUAGGUGGAUAUUGCAGGACGUUGGGAUGCAAAUGACUGCAGGGAUUCCUAAUGGACAUGAUCAUGUUGUUCUAGAUCACACAGAAUCAUCCUUGUUUGGGAUCUCACUCACUACUCAUUCUCCAAAGUGCUUCAUGUUGUAUCAGUUAGGGAACGGUGAACCGAUCUAUGCUAGCAAACUGGUACCAUAGUUUUGACAGUUUGAUGGUUUAUGCAAGGCUCUGGUAUUUGAAUUGGAAUCCGUUAGGAGGUGUUUGGCACGGAGAAUCUGAUAGGAAUGUUGGGAGAGUGGGAUAGGU